GUCAACGAAAUUUAUAAUUUAUUUCACUGCCACUCCAUUAUUAUAUUAAACAUUGUUAUGAAUUAUGUAUUUCCGUGACGCGUUAUACCAUUUUUGUUCAGAACAGAUAUAAUAAACCGACCAAAUAGAAUUUUUCGAGCAAACAAUUUAGUAUAGGUAGGGAGGUAUAUAUAUCUGAUGAAUAAGUACUGCAAUUUAUGAUUUGACUAGAAUUCUCGAUUAUUUUAUCGAAAUUUAAUGUUACAUAGGUAAUAAUAAUAUAAUCUACUUAUGACGUAGAUACAUAUAUUAUACAUACACACAACGCGCGCAGACUGCCACAUAAUUUUAAAAAACAUAUCGCAAUUUUCAAUUUAUUUAUUUAGCGUAGGUGUACAACAUUAUGAAUGUUUUAUCGUUUUAGAAGAAUAUUUAAUUUAACCGAACCACGCGUUUCUUGCGUCUCGCACUCCCCGAUCAUAGUUCUAUAUUUUAUAUAUUAUGCUUAUUGUAGAUUUCCUCCGGGUUUUAUGGUUUUUUUUCCCCCGUUACACUAAUAUUUUAAGAAUGCCCGAGAAACAGGUAUUCAUAAAUUAUUCAUAAACUAUUUCCGUGUACCUGUGCAAAUAUAAAUCCUCGUUUUUGCUCUUUGAAUACGGAAUAAUAUUCAUGCACGCUGCGAAACGUUAGGACACAAUUUCUUUUCUUUUACACCCUCAGGAACGCGCGAGAGUGUGUUACCAAAAAUGCACGAGCGAAAGAAUUCGAUAACACCUUUUGCUUCAAUGGCAUUAUUACUGUUUUUUAUUUUUUGACAUUUCCAUCAUUCACUAUUGUGAUAGUCGUUAUAUAUUAUAACAUGUACCAGGUAUACUGUAUAAUAUUAUUAUUAUCGUGACUCAUUCAUGGUUUAUGUUGUUUCAGAAGCUGACUAUACGCUGGACGAUUCGUAUUGGAACCAGGAGAGUCCCGUUGGGGAAGUGGAAAGGCUCCUGCGGGAUUAUCGACAGAACCAAGAGCUGGUGCGGAACAUCGGAGCCAAUUAUUAUCAGAUCAUCUACCCGGUACAAAUCAGACAUCAUGACAAAAUGGGCAUCUCUACCCGAGAGGUAGGGUCACAGAAGUUUCCCAGCUCGGGGUUGCAUGGAUCUAAUGAAGGAUACUCUUCCGGUGGAUCUUUUCGACCGAAAUCUCGGAUGGGGAAACAUUUUCACAGAACUUCCAUAUUAAUAAAAGCGUUCAACCAUAAAUUUCGCCUCGACUUGGAGCUCAACACACAAUUACUAGCACCGAAUUUAGCACAGAAACAUUUUUUACCUCAUGGAGCUGAACAGGUUUCCAAACAAGAAAUUGAACAUUGUUACUAUCACGGGACUGUUAAGGAUAUUCCUGGUGCCACAGCUGCGUUUCAUACAUGCAAUGGAGUAGCCGGAGUCAUACACAUUGGCAACGAAACGUUUAUUAUUCAUCCAUUUUACGGUGGAGACUUGUCGAAACAUCCUCAUGUGAUAUUUGAGGCCCGGGACAAGGCUAAACGCGGAUGUGCCAACGACUUGCGGUCGGAUAGGAAAAACAAAUACACCAACGGUUUUACCGGCGGACGGUUCCGGAAAAAGCGACGACUAAAACGGGACGUCAGAGAAGUGACCAAGUACAUAGAGACCGCUCUCGUGUUGGACAAGGCUAUGUUUGAAAUGAGAAAUGGCAGCUCCAGAUCUGAAGUAAUCACCGACGCCAUUCAAAUCGCAAACAUAGCUGAUUUAUAUUUCCGAACGAUAAACACCCGAGUGUCGGUAGUCUAUAUUGAAACGUGGCAAGGUGCCAACCAGGCACUAAUUGAUAAAAACAAAGAAAUUAGCACUGCAUUGCUCAAUUUUAACGAAUACUCGUCACAUGCACUAUUCAACAUUGGUAAAGACACUGCUCAACUACUAACUGGAGAAUAUUUUGUGGGUGGCGAGACGGGGAUGGCUAUCCAUGGGACCGUGUGCACAGCAAAGUCCGUGGGCAUCAGCGUGGAUGUGAAUGCCUACGAACCGCACAUCAUAGCUGGUUCGAUGGCACACAUGAUCGGACACAACGUGGGAAUGGGCCACGAUGACAAGAGAGAAGAAUGUUACUGUCGCGAUUGGCAUGGUUGUAUCAUGCAACAAUCGAUCGUGGGCAUGGAGAAUAUUCAGCCGUACAAGUUUAGCGAUUGCAGCCUCAACGAUUACAUAGACGAAUUUCGGGAAACUCGAAAUAUGUGCUUGCUCAAUAAACCGAAUGAGGCCACUAAUUUACAACAAAAAUGCGGUAACAACAUAGUGGAAGACAACGAAGAAUGCGAUUGUGGUGGGUUCGACAACUGCCAGAAGAAUGAUCCGUGUUGUGAUCCGAUCACGUGCAAACUGAUAAAAGAAGCCGAAUGCUCGGCGUCCGGGACUUGCUGUAGUGAUUGCAAGUUCUUGGCGGCGGGUACACUGUGCAGGGCGGCCAACAAUGAAUGUGACUUACCGGAAACCUGCACUGGCGACAGUGGCCAAUGUCCUGCGGACAUGUACAAAAAGAAUGCCAGCCCGUGCGGUACGGAAAAUGGCUUCUGUUACAUGGGCGAGUGUCCCACGCUCAACGACCAAUGUGAGCAGAUUUGGGGUUAUGGUGGGGUAUCAUCGGACAGACAGUGCUACGACGAAUUCAACACCAAGGGAUCGAUGAGUGGACAUUGCGGUAUGGUAGAAGAGGCUGGUACUACCACGUACUUGAAAUGCGAUCAAAAAAACGUGUAUUGCGGAUCGUUGCAAUGUCAAAAAGGUACCAAAUAUCCUCAAAACGCGUCAGCGCCGAGGCACACCAAAACAUUAAUCUCCAUAGAUUCUAAGGAUUAUGAGUGCAAGUCGACGAGUGGUUCCAAAAUAUUUAGCUUAGUUCAGGACGGAACUCCGUGCGGUGAUAAUCUAAUUUGUAUCAAUCAAACAUGCACGAGUAUGAAUCCGUAUAUCGAUACACAUAAUAAAUGUCCCAGUAAUCAUAAUAAUUUAGAGUGCUCUGCACACGGGAUUUGCUCAAAUUUAAACCAGUGUUUCUGUGAUAAUGGCUGGACAGGAAAUGACUGUUCUAUCCAGUUAGAAAUUUCGCCUACUUCCCCAAACUCCGACACUGUGACACUGUCGCCGGAGGAUGCAAAAAAAGCUAAAUCCGAUCUGGAAAGCAAAAUGAUCAUGAAAGAAACUCCAUAUGUAAACGCUCACAGCACCAACACCGGUGUCUUGGUCAUGAUACUCAUGACUGCUGUCGGAGUGGUGUUUCUGAUUUUCACAUGUUCUGCUUUGUGUUAUCGCCACGUGGUUGUGUACAAAAAGAACCCCUGUUUUUGCUUCAGGAGGAGUAGUGAAAAACAAGCGGCGGACAAACAAAAGCAGUCGAUCAAUACAACCCCCGUAUCGAAACCGUCCAGAUUUGACGCUCCUUCUGAAGAGUCGGCCGAAGAAAUGGCAAUGGUCAACAUAAACAGAAUUAAUAAAUACGGAAACCAAUCGCCAUACAAUCGCUCAGAAACUGGAUCCCAUAAAAUGCUAUUUCAUUCGACAAAUCAUAUGUCCCCAAGCACUUCUGGUAUUUCCAUGGAGCAUAAGUCACAAAACUUGUCCAGAUUAGGCCUGUGUCCUAACGAUGAAGACGAUAUGAACGUCCAAGAAAACCUUCACAUGAGUGGACGUGGAAGCAGUUGUGGUCUAGCUCCGGGUUCUGUAAGUAUUUCUGACAUGGAACGGAAAAUCAAAUCACUUGAUGGUUACCACGGAGACUUGUUGGAAAAACUUCGUACCGCUGCCCAUAGAUCAUCGUCCGGUGCCAGGUCGAGUAGUGAAGACCUAUUAUGGCGCACCUUGACUGAAACUGCCGAAUCGGCUUACAAUCGUAUUACAGCUAGUCAAGAAAGACUGUGUGAAGACAGGCAUGGACUUCCUCAAAGUCAUACCGUUCUGUCUGAAAGUGGAGCGCCGACAUGUCAUAGACAUCCGUAUCGGAGGCCCAGCAGGCGAACAGAUAUCGCCCCGGAAGAUGAAGAAGAGACCGCUAAAGAGGUUUCCUCCACAAUCCGUAUACGGAAUCUCGAAGACCUUUUCAAACAAAUUCAAGAGCACACCGUAAGGCACAGUCCAUCUGGCUCGGAAGAGAACAGGAUGUCCGAAACAGAAGUCGAUAGACACUAUAGACAUGACGCGCAUCCCGGAUGCGAAGAACCGAGAUUCGUGAGGGGUUGGUACCGUCCGGCGAGUAGGGCGACCAGCGGCUCGGCGUCGCCGUACCAACAGGCGGCCGCCCGGGCGUCGUCGGCCACCGUACACUCGACAACAGCUCGUCAACCAAUAGCGCGGUCGGCUAGCAUGGACAUGCCGGCGGUCGCGGCCAUCGCCGACAGUGGUGUCCGACAGCCGGCGGCCGCCCGCAGUGGCGGCAGCAGCAGCGCCCGGAGCAGUCGCCGGUCCUCGACGCACCACCAACACCGCUCAGGGUACGAUCCGCCGCCGUCGGCCACCAGCAGCGGCAGCGGCCAUUCGCCGUCGCCCCGGUGCCGGCAGCGGCGAAGCGGCGCCCCCGACGACACCCGCACCGCCACAACCAGCAUCACCACCAUCACCGCCAACAACACAACCAUCACCGCCGCCGCCGACAACAACAACAGCAGCAGCAGCAACAACAACAACCACCACCACCAUCACCACCAACAACAACAGCAACAACAACAACAACAACGCUCCUCCUCCGCCAACAACCACCCCGAUCCAACCCCAACCACGGCCCACGAACGGUCCGUGCUGCUCAACAACAAACAUUUUCCCGAAUACAAACACUGACGUAGAUCGCGCGCUGCUGACGCCGCAGCCGGAGGACCGUCGCUCGGCGGUCUCCGGUCCGGUUUCCGCGACCCGUCGUCGUCGUCCACUUAAUGGUCGUGACGUCAAGUGGCGGAGCAGGGCGGGGUUAAAGGUCCGGCGGCAUGGCAGCGGCGAUUGUAACGCAAUUAUCGUCCCGUAAAAUGUAUUGUUUUUAUUAUUGUGAAUAUUAUAUGAUAUUGUAAAUUUCUGUGCAAAUGUAGCCUACGGCCACCCCCCCCCCCCCCACACACACACACACACCCCAAUAAAUAAUAAUAAAUUGUCAUUAUUAUUGUUGUUGUGUUGUUUCGUUACGUUCACGUGUCAGCAAUAAUAAUGCAUGUAAGAAUAUGCGUCGAUGUCGUAACCGCCGGUUCUGGUUAUCAGGCUAAUUUCGGGUGCGGAUCUAUAGAAAUCAGAAAUCUAAGGGGUGCUACAUUUUUUCAGAAAAAUAAAAUUGUAAUUUUAGUACGUACCUACAUAAUAGAUUAUAGAUAAGAUUUUAUGAUAAUAUAUUAACUAUUUUAUUUAUAUUAAUAUAUAUAAUUUUCACAUGGGUGGGGGGGGGCUAAAGCCCCUGGCCUCCCCCUCACGGAUCCGCGCCUGGUUAACUUAGGUUAGGAUGCUCACCUGUAGAUGUAUACGUGUACAAUAUAGGUAGGUACACGUUCAUACGAGACUGUGUGUUCAAAUUUGAUAACAAUAUUAUUAUAAAACGAUACAAUAUCUACGUUUAAUUAUGUUACUGAAAAAAUGCAAAUAGAAAUCAACAAUGGUAUAAUAUAAUAUAGGCAAUGCCGUAUACUCCCCCCCCCCACACCCAAAAAUUUGCUACAGCGUUGAUACCUUAAAGGUAUUAAUUGUUUCUUUUAAUACACUACCACCAAUGUGUUUAUAACAAUCAAUAACAAUAUAAUAUUAUGGUAAAGACGAUUUUGAGGAGAACUAGAAGAUGGUCGUAGUAAGCGACAAUUAAAUUGAUCAAAUUUUGAUAGGGUUGUACACAGCAGUGGUCAAAGUAAUUUCGGCUCACAUGAAUUAAUAUUCCCAUUGAACAUUUUCUCUGAAAAUACCCCGUCACGUGUAUUACAAUAAUCAUAUAUUAGACCCAUAAGAGCACUCCGAUGAUGGAUCACGUCUCUGGGUCACGGAAUUUAUCGUUUAGCGUUCGUCACACGAUUUCCAGGCAUAAUUAAUUAUUCCAGUUCAGUAAGCCCCGGUGGUCCCCUUCACCACCACCACCACCACCACCACCAUCGCCAGAACGACUACCACACAAUACCAUCUCUGCAGACGAUGCUCUUAGCCGUCGCCGCUUUGCGUGAGUGUGUCUGAUGCGCUUACGUUUACACUUUAAAUCAAAUCUCUGAAGAGGUAAAAAACAAUUAUGUCGGUAUAUCAAAACAAUUUAAUAGUAAUAUACUAAAAUCGUAUAUAAUAUUAUGGAGGCGCGUUAAAAUCGUUGCCUAUAAUUAUUAUUAUUAUCAUCAUUCGUUUGGCACUGUCACGUCACGACAAGAGAAAAACACCAACGUCCGGCGAGCACUUACUCCCUAUUUCGAAAACGCAAAUCGAUGUGUGUGUAUUUAUUUCAUAGUGAUUUCGUCUUAUAAUAUCAAAUCGACGACAUGGUAAUACACUCUAUAAUCUUUUCUACCCUCGGCGUG